AUGUACUCUGACAAGGGCAACUUCUAUGACUUCACUUCUCUGGUUCGUGAACUUGAUGUUCCAGGCGAAUUAUAUGAAAGGAAAACAUAUCCAUUUGAAUUUUCAACUGUAGAGAUGCCAUAUGAGACAUACAACGGGGUAAAUGUGCGACUUAGGUAUGUCCUCAAAGUGACAAUAAAUCGGGGCUAUGCAGGUAGCAUAAUGGAAUACCAAGAUUUUGUGGUUUGGAACUAUACCCCUCCUCCACCAAUCAACAAUAGUAUCAAGAUGGAAGUUGGAAUUGAGGACUGUCUUCACAUUGAGUUCGAGUACAAUAAGAGCAAGUAUCAUCUAAAAGAUGUUAUUAUCGGCAAAAUAUAUUUUCUUCUUGUAAGAAUCAAGCUAAAGAAUAUGGAUCUUGAGAUCAGACGUCGAGAAUCAACUGGUUCAGGUGCGAACACCCAUGUUGAGACAGAGACACUUGCGAAAUAUGAGCUAAUGGAUGGUGCUCCAGUUAGAGGAGAAUCAAUUCCAAUUAGACUGUUCAUCCUGUUUUCGUUAAGUGGCAAGAGUUUUGUCUUAUUGCUUAUUUUAGAGGGAGAUUGGUUUGAAGGCAUUAACAGUUGGCUUGAACCCAGUUUGAAGGGUGGAAUGCUAGCGAACCGGGGCUACAGCACUUGUUUAUUCUGA